AGGCUACAUCCGCGCUGGAUACGCAUACUGAGCGUGCGAUCCAACGAUGUUUGGAAGAGCUGUGUGCCAGUCGAACGGGAGUCGUCGUCGCCCAUCGAUUGAGUACUGUAGUGAACGUUGACUGUAUUAUGGUACUGCAGAAUGGUCGAAUAGUGGAACGAGGACGACAUGCGGAACUGUUGGCGGCGAAGGGAGUCUACUAUCAAAUGUGGGAAAGUCAGAACUCUAAUAACAGUGAAGAGUCAAAUGCUUGA